AUGCUCAGUUUUUUACAACAGGUCACAGGAGACUUGGCAAAGACUGCAGCUCAUAAACCUAUUCAUUUCAUCGUUGUACCGGCAUUGUUAGCCUCAAUUGCAUACUUGUCAAUCAUCGAUGAUUAUGUUCCUGAUUUAUCCUCAAUAACGAAUGAGAAUGGACUCAGUUAUUACCAUGCUGCAGGAUCUGGGCUGAAAUUGAAGGAUUGGAUACCUGUAUCUACAGAAGAGAUGGAAACCAAGUACCAAAGUGCAAGUCACAUAACUUUAAUACCAUUGAGGUUUAGAAGGUUUCACGACUCGAUUCCAAAAGUACCAGAUUCGAUUAUAAUUAGUGGGAAUGAGCAAGUCCUUUUGGUGGAUUCAAAUAAAGUGGAAAGCGUUUUAUUGAACACGAACAAAAUAGACAACGAUGGCAUCCAGUGGAAGGCUAGAAACGAUCACAAAAUCGCUCGAUUUUAUGAUAGUUUAAAAUACUUGAUUUUCAAGGUUCAAGAGUCUAUAAAAAAGGCAGACAGGUUUGAUGUUGUGUUGAUUUUUGUGGCUUACUUAGCAAUGUGGUACACUUUGAUAAAAGUGUUUUACGACAUGAGACAAAUUGGCUCCAAAUUCUGGUUAGCAUUUUCGACACUAGUUUCAUCAACGUUUGCAUUUUUAUUUGCAUUGGUGGUCUCAAACAAGAUUCUACAAACUAAGGUAUCAUUUUUGAGUCUUUCAGAAGGAAUUCCAUUUCUUGUUGCGAUAAUUGGAUUCAAGCAUAAGGUUUCCAUUGCCGGAUUGAUUCUGAAGUCAUCGACUGUAUCUCCAGAUGACGUUCCGAAUAUUGUUUCCCAAGCCGUGUCGUCACACACUUUGAGCAUGCUCCGCGACCACUUAGUUGUCAUUGGGGCAAUGCUUGCAUGUGCUGCGUACGGAAAUCACCUUACCGGGUUGCGAAACUUUUGCAUCCUUGCCUCGUUAAUUUUGACGUUUGAUUUGAUUUUAGUCUACACUUUCUUCUCGGCAAUAUUAGGUUUAAAGAUUGAAAUCAACAGAGCUCGAAGAACAGAUGAUUUAAAGGAUGCCUUGGAGGAGGAUGGGGUCUCAUCAUUGGUUGCAGCAAGAGUUGCAGAACAAUCAUCAUCAAUUGAAUACCCAAACGAAACCAAUUUCUUUUCGUCAAAAGAUUACUCAAUUCUUUCAUUCAAGGUUGCCAUGAGUUUGGGAUUUAUUGCAUUCCAUGUAUUUUGGUUGGGAAGCUCAUGGUUGUACAAUACAUCAGAUGCUGGUAUUGAUUUCAAUACGUUUGGUUCUAUCUUGGGAGCAGCUCCAGCUAUAACAGAAUCUUUGUCUAGCGAGAUCCAAAUUGGCAAGUUUGGAACGGUGUUGACGAUCUUACCAACUAGAUUUUACAUGCCUUCGGGAUUUCUUGCUCAGGUUGAGGACUUUGUUUAUAUGAUUUUGAGCAAAGUAAGUAUCGCUAUACAAGAUAGAUUGUUGUCCAAAGUAAUGGCAUUUUGUUUUGGGGUAUCUUUGGUUACCAAUAUAUAUUUCCUUAAUGCUGCAAGAUACCAAGUCAGUGCCACAUACAAGUUACUUGAUAAAGAAAUGUCACGUCCACAGAUCCGUGCGUCGGUAUCUGAACCCGUUACCACUACAGUGGGUGAUAUCGAAGAAUCGGAUGAAGAAGAGGAUACUGCCGCCACUACUACUCAGUUAUCGCUCGAGGAGUGUGUGAAAGUGUUAAAAGAGGGUAAUGUGAAAACUUUGAAUAAUGAAGAAGUUACGUCCUUGGUAGUGGAAGGAAAACUCCCACUAUAUGCAUUGGAGAAACAAUUAGCAAGUAACAAAAGGGCGGUUGUUGUGCGUCGUAAAGCAAUUGCUAAAUUGGCAAAUGCCCCUGUGUUGGAAACUAAUCGUUUGCCUUAUGCGCAUUACGACUAUGAUAGAGUAUUUGGUGCUUGCUGUGAGAAUGUUAUUGGUUACAUGCCAAUCCCUGUUGGCGUUGCGGGUCCAUUGAUCAUUGAUGGAAAGCCAUACCAUAUUCCAAUGGCAACAACUGAAGGAUGUCUAGUAGCUUCUACUAUGCGUGGUUGUAAAGCUAUCAAUGCCGGCGGUGGUGUAGAAACAGUGUUGACCAAGGAUGGAAUGACACGAGGCCCAUGUGUUAAAUUUCCAACGCUUGCUAGAGCAGGGGCUGCUAAAUUAUGGAUUGACUCCGAGGAAGGUCAGAAAACAAUCAAAAAAGCAUUCAACUCAACUUCCAGGUUUGCUCGUUUACAGCAUAUCCAAACAGCUUUGGCUGGCUGUCUUUUAUUUAUUCGUUUCAGAACUACAACUGGUGAUGCCAUGGGUAUGAAUAUGAUAUCAAAAGGUGUUGAGCACUCUUUGAAGUACAUGGUUGAAGAAUGUGGUUAUGAAGAUAUGGAGAUCAUAUCAGUUUCAGGAAACUAUUGUUCUGAUAAAAAACCUGCAGCAAUUAACUGGCUUGAAGGUAGAGGUAAGUCAAUCGUAGCUGAAGCCACUAUACCGGCUGACGUUGUUGCCAAGGUCUUAAAAUCUGAUGUUGACGCCUUGGUGGAGUUGAAUAUAAGUAAGAAUUUGGUGGGUUCAGCUAUGGCUGGAUCUGUUGGAGGAUUCAAUGCCCAUGCAUCAAAUUUGGUUACGGCAGUGUACCUAGCAUGUGGUCAGGAUCCAGCUCAGAAUGUUGAGAGUUCCAACUGUAUCACAUUAAUGAACAAGCACAAAGUCACAGGAGAUUUACAGAUAUCGGUCAGUAUGCCAUCUAUCGAAGUUGGUACCAUUGGAGGAGGUACCAUUUUGGAACCACAGGGGGCAAUGUUGGACUUGUUGGGAGUACGUGGUCCACAUCCAACUAAUCCAGGUGACAAUGCUAGGCAGUUGGCCAAAAUCGUUGCUUCGGCGGUAUUGGCAGCAGAACUUUCCCUUUGUUCUGCCCUUGCGGCUGGUCACUUGGUCCAGUCCCACAUGCAGCAUAAUAGGGCGGGUGCAUCAAGUACUACAGCCAACAGCGGUCCUAAACCAAAUGGAAAAGUUAAUGAGACAGAUUUGAAGCGAUUAAAGGAGGGUUCAGUCACUUGUAUAAAGUCAUGA